AUGCCACCGUUCAAGAAGGGAGACGGUCGCACGGUCGAGGGUCAAGUAUAUCCCUUCCGACUGUUGCUCUCCCUUCCGCCGUCGCUCUCCCUUCCGCCCGUCGCCCUUCUUUCCCCCUCGUCGCCCUGCCUUCCGUCCGUCGCCCACCCUUGUUCCCGUCGCCCUCCCUUCCCGUCGCCCUCCCUUCCCGUCGCCCUCCCUUCCCGUCGCCCGCGCUUCUUCCCGUCGCCCUCCCUUCCCGUCGCCUUCCCUUCCCGUCGUCCGCGCUUCUUCCCGUCGCCCUCCCUUCCCGUCGCCCUCCCUUCCCGUCGCCCUCCCUUCCCGUCGCCCUCCCUUCCCGUCGCCCUCGCUUUCCCCGUCGCCCUGCCAUCCACUCCCCGUCGCCCUCGCCUUCCCUCCCGUCUCCCUUCCCAUCUCGCACACUUGUCACCCUCCCUUUUCUCUCCCUACUCCCUCUUUUCCCUCCCUCCAAUAAUCGCCUUCCUUCCCCCAACUUAUACCCCUUCCCUGCUUCCCCCCAUCCCCUGCCCUGCUUCCCCCCAUCCUCUUCAUUCUUUCCCCGUAUCCCCAGCCCUGCUUCCCCCCAUCCCCUUCCCUGCUUCCCCCCAUCUCCUUCCCUUCUUCCCCCCAUCCCCUUCCCUGCUUCCCCCCCAUCCCCCUCCCUGCUUCCCCCCAUCCCCUUCCCUGUUCCCCCCCAUCCCCUUCCCUGCUUCCCCCCCAUCCCCCUCCCUGCUUCCCCCCAUCCCCUUCCCUGCUUCCCCCCCAUCCCCCUCCCUGCUUCCCCCCAUCCCCUUCCCUGCUCCCCCCCAUUCCCUUCCCUGCUUUCCCCCAUCCCCUUCCCUGCUUCCCCAUGUCCCCUUCCCUGCUUCCCUCAUCCCCUGCCCUGCUUCCCCAUGUCCCCUGCCCUGCUUCCCCCAAUCCCCUUUCCUGCUUCCCCCCAUCUCCUUCCCUUCUUCCCCCCAUCUCCGUCCCUGCUUCCCCCCAUCCCCCUCCCUGCUUCCCCCCAUACCCCUCCCUGCUUCCCCCCAUCCCCCUCUCUGCUUCCCCCCAUACCCCUCCCUGCUUCCCCCCAUCCCCUUCCCUGUUCCCCCCCAUCCCCUUCCCUGCUUCCCCCCCAUCCCCCUCCCUGCUUCCCCCCAUCCCGUUCCCUGCUUCCCCCCAUCCCCUUCCUUGCUUCCCCCCAUCCCCCUCCCUGCUUUCCCCCAUCCCCUUCCCUGCUUCCCCAUGUCCCCUUCCCUGCUUCCCCAUGUUCCCUUCCCUGCUUGCCCCCAUCCCCCUCCCUGCUUCCCCCCAUCCCCUUCCGUGCUUUUCCCCCUCCCGUUUCCAUCGCUUUCCCCCUCCCGUCGCCCUCGCUCUCCCCCUCCCGUCGACCUCGCUUUCCCCCUGCUCACUCGCAUCCCUCCUGCUCACUCUCUUCCCCCUUUCUCACUCUGCCCCCCCUUCCUCACUCUGUUUCCCCCGGCUCACUCUCUCCUCCUCACUCUAUUCCCCCCUGCUCUAUCCCCCCUGCUCUGUUCCACCCUGCUCACUCUCUCCUCCUCACUCUAA